AUGGGACCCAAUGCCUUACAAAGUACUAAGAGGAACCAAACCAUUGGAAUUUAUCAACUUAGGGAAGAGGAUAAUCUCAAAGCCUGUUUAGAGGUCUUGACCAAGGAAAUAGAGGUUUUGAAAACCAGGGAUGUUAAAGCCCCCAAACCGGUUGCUAGGGCACAUGCCCAAAAUGUGGAACAGCAAGGCAAGAUAAACCAACGGUUGCUAGAGGAGCAACAAAAUGUUAAAGAGGAACAAAAGGUGAUAAAGAGUCAACUCACCAAGUUGACCAAUUUAUUGACGGUUCAAGAACAAGGUCGUUUUCCGUCACAGCCACAACCUAAUCCAAAGGGACAACAUAUGGCACAAACCUCCAAUGCUGACAAUCAAAAUGUUAAAGAGGUCAAUGCCAUGAUUAUUCACAGCGGUAAGGAAAUUGAUGGACCCACUCCACCAUCAAACUUGAUUCCUAACACCAUGAGUAACAAGGAUGAAGCUCCCAAGGAUCAAGAUGCCCCUAGUGAUUCCAUACCGAUGCCUUUCCCUCAAGCACUCCUUAAACCUAAAGAGAGAAAAUCGGCAUUAAAAGGUGAGAUACUUGAACAACUUAAGCAAGUUCUGAAUUAUGCUAAAGUUAUCAAGGAUCUAUGCACACACAAGAGGAGGCACAAUGUGAAGAAGACGACAUUCAUAAAGGAACAAGCAAGUGUUGUACUUGAUAGCAAGACAACGCCCAAGUAUAAAGAUCCGGGCUGCCCUACAGUAACUUUCCAAAUUGGAAACAAAGCAUGUAGUCAAACAUUACUAGAUUUGGGGGCAAGUGUGAAUCUCAUGCCCUACUCCUCAAAAACUCCAUUGAUACUUGGAAGACCAUUCCUUGCCACUGCUAAUGCCCUCAUAAAUUGUAGGAAUGGUCUAAUGACACUAUCAUUUGGAAAUAUGACUCUAGAGGUGAAUGUUUUUCGAGUCUCAAGGCAACCACAUGAAGAGGAUGAGUGUUUUGACACUUACAUGAUCGAUGAGCUUAUUUUGGAGGAUAAGUACAUUAAAGAUAAUUCUAAUUCUUUGGAAUUCCUUCUUAAAGAUUUUGAUUUUGAUGAUUCUUAUUCCUAUGCCGUUAACAUUGUUGAUGUUUUUGAUAAGACGCAAGGAUUUAUUAGGAAAUCAUGGCAGCCAUGCUUUGAGGAGUUGCCUAAGGAGAGGGAGCCACCCAAACCAUCCUCUGAAGAGACACCAACGCUUAAUCUAGCUCCGCUGCCCAAAGGACUCAAACAUGCCUUUUUAGGCCCAGAUGGGCAUUCGGGGUACUACCAAAUAGAGAUUGCCUUAGAGGAUCAAGAGAAUACCACCUUUACUUGUGCUUUUGGUACCUUUUCUUUUCGUAGAAUGCCAAUUGGUUUGUGUAAUGCACCAGCUACUUUUCAAAGAUGCAUGAUGAGUAUUUUUAGUGACAUGGUUGAAAAAUGUAUGGAAGUGUUUAUGGAUGAUGUAACCAUGUUUGGAACUUCUUUUGAUUCAUGUUUAUCUAAUUUGAAAAAUGUUUUAAGUGGAAAUCAUUCCGCCCUUAAAUUUCUUUUCUCAAAAAUGGAUGCUAAGGCUUAUUUGGCUUGUGGUGGUCAUUUUUCUAUUAAAAAGAGAGCAGCAAAAAAUUUGCAAUGUGGUUUUUAUUGGCCUACUUUGUUUAAGAAUACUAAUGAGUUUUGUUGUUCAUGUGAAAGAUGUCAAAAGCUAGGUUCAUUGACUCGUCAUCAUCUGAUGCCUCUCAAUCUGAUCUUAGUGGUGGGAAUCUUUGAUUGUUGGGGGAUCGAUUUUAUGGGACCAUUCCCACCUUCUUUUGGAUAUCUUUACAUUUUACUUGCUGUUGAUUAUGUUUCUAAAUGGGUUGAAGCCAUACCUUGCCGUACUAAUGAUAAUAAAGUUGUUGUUAAAUUUCUCAAAGAUCAUAUUUUAUCUAGGUACGGUACUCCACAUGUUAUAAUUAGUGAUCAAGGGUCAUAUUUUUGUAACUGUUCUUUUGAGGAUUUGAUGCUUAGGUAUGGAGUCACCCAUAAGGUUUCUACAGCUUACCACCCACAAACUAAUGGCCAAGCGAAACUUGCGAAUAGGGAGAUUAAGCAAAUACUUGAAAAAAGGGUAAAUCCAAAUAAAAAAGAUUGGUUGUUGCGCCUAUCGGAUGCACUUUGGGCGUACCAAACAGCAUACAAGACGGUUCUUGGAGCACCUCCUUAUCGGUUGGUAUUCGGCAAAGCAUGUCACUUACCAGUAGAACUAGAGCAUAAAGCAUUUUGGGCUAUCCAAAAUUUUAAUUAUGACUUGACAACUUCCAAUGAAGAAAGGAAAUUGCAACUUUGUGAGCUUGCGGAGUUGAGGGACGAUGCAUAUGAUAAUGCUAAGGACUUAAAGUCAAGAAUGAAGGUGGUGCAUUAUAAGAAAAUACUCCGGAAGAAUUUUGAACAAGGAAAUCCAGUUUUUCUUUAUGAUUCUCGGUUACACUUCCAUCCGGGAAAAUUGCGAUCACAAUGGACGAGACCUUAUAUGGUGAAGCGUGUUUUUCCCAAUGGAGUAGUAGAAGUUAAAGAUCCUUCUGACGGUCGUAUAUUUUGA